GGAACAGCUAUUGUACGCCGGGAGGCAACGUGCUGAACAGCGUUCCUCGCCUGAAAAAACGGCACAGUCACGUUUUCUAUGGAUUACAAGGAAACUGGAAAAGCCAUGCUGCUCUACCUGAUUAUUACAGGAAGCCAAAACUGUGGUUUAAUAGAGACGAGCAAAGGUUUGAGACGGUAAUCCAGACAAUAAAUAAAUCAGCUAUAUUUGUGAUGUCAAGGUAUAUUAGUGUAAGGACUUUUUACUUUGUGUCAUCAACACUCAUUUGGUGACAACUUAAUAAAAUAGUUUGUGCCCGUCAGACACAACAAACAACCUGCUGUCCUCGAGGAGUGGCCCGAGGGUAGGUGUGUCUCAUAAAUAAUAAGAGAGAAUUGAGAGAUCUGUUAAAGCCGGGCCCCGCCCCUCUCGCGCCUCACUUGCUUGUUCUGCGAGGUGUGACGUCACGUGAACUGCCCGUGUCCGUUCCAGCUGAGAGGGAGAGAGAGGACUAUCGGUCGUGGACGUCGCGCGGCCCAAACACAGACCGAAGCCCGUGCGCCCGUGACUGGAUCCACCGGAUGCAAAAAAAAGUACAGACAGAGAAAGAGGAAACGUCCCCCUCCUCCCCCCGACGGACAGCAGAGCGCGACAGCAGAGGAGAGAAACACCAAUACAACUUGUCAUCUGACCAAUACAGUCACUGCUCUCGUCUCUGCGUUUUUUUGUACACACAGUGUUUUCCCUCGGUUGUUUUGUUUUGACGGAGGUCUGCUUUAUUGCAACUAUUUUUUUUAUCUUCUUUUUGAUUGUCGGACGAUUAAUUGGGGAUGUUAUGCUACAAGUUUUAAUUGUAAAAUUUUCCUGUCCGUGCUGUGAGUGUGUUUCAUAGUCAUUUUGAGGUCUUUGCAUUUUUAUUAUGGACAUUGUUCUUACUCAAAUGGUCUGACUGUCCCUCCCACACUGCUACUCUGAGAAUAACCGCUUGAUCUACUGAAGAACAUUUAACAGCAAUGGAAUAUUUCGAUGAAAACAUUUCUGCAAGGCAAUAAGGAACUCAGCAUCAAGUGAAAGCAGUCAUCCAGCAUACUUCUCCUAUUGGUAGACUCUGGUCAGUUUGCCACGCCCCUUCAAGUGCCCCCAGUAUCUCUCUACGACCCCAUCUGGCCCAGGAUGUCCAGGCAGCUCUCCCAGCUUCCAAACCCCGACGUCCCAGCUGGCGCAAGCGCACAGUUUGGAAGUUGUACCCAGCCUGCAGGCUCCCUCACAGGGGGGCAUCUCACCUCUAUGGCAGGUCUUAAAUCCCUCCUGCAGCACCCCAUGAAGGGAGAACAACGUUUAAAAGCCCCAAGUGAUGCAAAAGACAAAGAAAGUGUGGAUGCUGAUGAAGACUCCAUGGGAGUGUGCCCCAUAAGGAAUGGCAGUGGAAUAGUCAACAGUACUAGCGGUAAUGGCACUGGAGGAGCUGGUGGAAAUGGAGCAGGAACUUUCAACCAGUUCUUGGGGCCCCUCUUGUGGGAUCGCACCCUGCCUGCAGAUGGGGGCCUCUUCCAGCUUCAGUACAUGGACUUGGAGGAGUUUCUGACUGAAAAUGGAAUGGGCAGCAUGCAUAACAACAACAGCUCCAGUUCAGCCCAGAUCCCCUCGCAGAGCUCCCAGUCAGCUGUGCCCAAUCAGAGCUCCCAGUGCCUACCGCCCUCAUCCCCACCUGGCUCUUCAUCUUCUUCGCCGUCUUCCUCUUCUUCCCCAUCGCUCAUUGGUUUGGAGGUGGUUCAACCGCAGAGCCUUGCAGGAGGAAAUGACUGUUUGCAUGGGAGUCAGACGAGUAUGAACGACUCCUGUGAGUCGCCCUGUUCUUCUUCCUCGUCCUCCUGUCCACCUCUGCUGACGCCCACGGACAGCGGACCAGAUGGGGCCGGGAUGUUUGACAUGGAUUCUUCAGACAUGGAUAUGGCUGGCCAGCAGAACUACGACCCCAGGAGGCACUCCUUUAGUGAAGAGGAGCUCAAGCCACAGCCCAUGAUCAAGAAGGCCCGCAAGAUCCUGGUGCCCGACGGCAUGAAGGAUGAGAAGUACUGGACCAGGAGGUAUAAAAACAAUGAAGCGGCAAAGCGUUCACGAGAUGCUCGCCGUUUUAAGGAGAAUCAAAUAUCCGUGCGUGCCGCCUACCUGGAGAGAGAGAACGCCACCCUCCGACAGGAAGUGGCCGAGAUCCGAAAGGAACUUGGCCGCUGUCGCAACAUCCUUAGUAAAUACGAGAACCGCCUCUCUGACCAGUGAUGAAGGCGCGGAGCAAAAUCAGGAAGAGGAGGAAUAUGACCUGGAUUAAAUUUAUGACUCUGAAUUCUUGGGGUGGCACAAUGGACAGAAUUGGGUCAAGAAAAUGAUGAUGAGGAAGAUGAUGAUUAUGAUGAUGAAUGUAUAAGACAAGGAGAAGGUUUGUGUAUUGAAGCUCAGGUGUCUUGUUUUGUUGAGGUGUCAGCUCUUAAAAGUGAAAGAUGGAGAGAAUAAUUUAACAGAUGAAAAGAUGUGACUUUUAAGAGUUUUGUUAUUGGAGAAUUGUAUAUUUUUAUAAUACUUAAGAAAAAUUAGAGGGAGAGCAAAUUUGGAGAAUAAUUUUGUAUAUUUUCUACAUAGAGACGGGGGGAAAGCUAUAGUAAAGAUCUUUUUAUUAUAGAUGAGUCAGGAGAUGUUUAACAGGUGGUCAGCCAUCGAUGGGUAUUUUUCGACUUGAUUACAGGAUGCAGCAGCAGGGGCGAGGACGCAUGUAACAAUUGUAAUAUAGAGAGCAAAAACUAUCUUAUAAUCGUAUAGUUCGACAUUUUUGUGGAUUUUAUUCAAGCACUUAAUUAUUUUCCUGUAUUGUUUCUGUCACUGGGAAUGGGCAUGCUAGAGAGAGACCACAUGAGGUACACGGGGAGACACCAUGUAAACAGUCCAGCACUAUCAACACUUGUCUUGUGCUUCUUUUCUUUUUAUUUAAUUUUAGUUCCCCAACAAUAUUAGUUCUUUGUACUUUGAGCUUUAUGCGAUUGGUACAUUUUUCUCCAGUCCAUACUUUUAUUUUUUUAAAUCUUUGACUCUAUCUCUUUUUCUCUAUCUCAGUCGAGUGCUUUUAAUCUACUCUGGUGUCUCUUAUCUCACCCAAACUGGUAAAAAAAAAAAAAAAAAAGCCUGUUGUGGUGCCCCAGGUUUCUCUGCUCCCUCUUGAUCUUCUCUUUUGAAUUGUUGGGACAUUUCGCUUCCUCUGUUUCUAUAUCCAACUGCUCUAUUUCUGUCCGCUCUCACUUACAGCCAAUCCCUUCACAGUUAUGUGCGAACUCUUCCCAUAACAUUUUGUCCCUGAGUCUCUCUCGUACCUCGGCGGUACACGGAGUAGUUAAAUCUCAGUGUUGUAACGUAUUCUGAAAUAGUAAUCAAUCGUCCCAGUAAAACGCACAUCGUUACUUUACUGUUCUUUAUGAACACAUUUUAACUAGCAUUAAUAUGGGGAGGGGUGGGGUGGGGGGGGGGGGUGGUGAGAAAGGUUGUAUAUUGGAUAGGCCUAUACUAUUUUGUGUAUUUGAUGUAUUCCAGGAGAUGGGUUGGAUACCCCCGUUGAGCGGAAUAGAGUUCAUUUCUCAGAUUUCUGGGAGAAAUAAAAGCCAAAAUUUCCUGUUGAUCCACAAAGCUUGUUGCUAUUUAGUGCUUUUUUCAAUACUACUCCUUCCUUACUGUUUACUCCUGGUAUUACUCUUUACUUUUUACUGUAUCUAUAAACUUCUCUGUCUCCACAACACCUACACAUGGGGCAUGGUACACUAUGUUAUGUUCCUGGGGGAGGGAUGACUAGUAAUAGAGUGUGAUUUUUAAUCCCCUUUAUGACCAUGAUGAAUAGUUACCAUUACUGCUAUUAUUAUUGUUAUGAUUAUGAUGAUUAUCCCUCUUGUUGUUGCUGUUCUAUAUUAUUGAAUGAUUUUCUUUCUUUGGAUGAACAUGAUCUGUUGCACUUUGAAACAUCUUUGAUCUUCAGUGUUCCUCAGAAAGACUAUUCAAAAUGGAAAAACAACCCUGUCACUCUGCUUUAUGCAUCCUGUCUCAGACCUCCAGACAUUACUCACUUCUACUACAGACACUACUGCCACCUUGGUUUCUUUGACCAUGGACUUAACAAGCGUGGCUCAAUAACUUGAACAUGAUAUUCAUGCAGACUUACUUUACCUUUCGUGAUGACCUCUUCUGUUCCCCGGCGGUGUACGGACUAUGCACACUUUCAAUAUGCUCCUUUGUUGGUUUAUUUCAGCCUUUAUCACCUCAAUCAGUGAUUGUUUGCUCUCCCAACAGGAUGUAGUCUCUAAUAUCCUCACAGAUGUGGUUGAAAAAUCUUUUAGUGACUCUAAUUGAACUACAACUACCCUGCUGCAUCAGUGGCGUCCAUGGUGGCCCACUCAGUGCUGGUUGUUUGGAUGUAGUCGAGAAUUUUCCAAAAACACCAAUAAAAGAUUGUUCUCAUUCA